CUUAGAACUGAUGGAUUUCAGCUGCGUCGUUAAAAUCCCAAGCUUGAGCCCACUAGGAAUGGCAGCCCCGUCUAUGAAAGAAAGACAGGCUUGCUGGGGAGCCCGGGAUGAAUACUGGAAGUGUUUAGAUGAGAACACAGAGGACGCUUCUCAGUGCAAGAAGUUAAGAAGCUCAUUUGAAUCCAGUUGUCCCCAGCAGUGGAUAAAAUAUUUUGAUAAAAGAAGAGACUACUUAAAGUUCAAAGAAAAAUUUGAAGCAGGACAAUUCCAGCCUUCAAAAACAACUGCAAAGUCCUAGGCUGCUCCUGAACUUCUCAGAAGGUUUGAAUCAUGGUAAAUAGCGUGACUUGGUCCACAUAAACAACUCUUUAAAAUAUCAAGUAACAGAGAUUCCAUCAUUCAAACUAUGAAGAAUCAAAAUGGUAUGAAAGAUGCUUAGUUUUAAUUUAGUAAGGAAGCUAUAUUUUAAGGAAAAUUAAAGCCUAUUAUAAAAACCCAUGUUUUGUUGUUUUGAUUGGAGUAGUAGGUGAAUCUUACAGAUGCAAAUACAGGCGUACCUUGGAGAUUUGCAGGUUCAGUUCCAGAUCACUGCACUAAAGCAAAUACCACAGUUAAGCGAGUCAGAUGAGUUUAUUUCUCCAUGUAUAUAUGAGUUAUGGGUACUAUACUGAAGUCUUAAGUGUGCAGUAGCAUCAGGUCUAAAAAACAAUGUACAUACCUUAAAAAAAUGCUAUCAUCUGAGCCUUCAGCGAGCUGGACUUUUGCUGGUGGAGGAUCAUGUGGAUGUGGCUGUGGCCUUUUCUUAAAAGUAAUGAAGUUUGUCACAGAUUGACUCUUCCUUUCUCCUACCACCUAUGCUCUUUGACAGCAUUUUAUCCACAGAACUUGUUUCAGAAUUGGAGUCAGUCUUCUCAAACCC